CAAGAUUGUUCGUCCGCUCGUCGCGCCCCUUCGAGACCCCAGCUUGUUAAAACCCUAGACACACAAAACCAAUCCCAACGCAUAGCCAUUUCCUCGAGCUCCGAGUUCGACCAGUGGGAUUUCGAUAGAGAAUCAUCGAAGAGACAAAGUUCCCUCGCGCCUCGAUCAUUUGGAUCCGAUUCGAAUUCAGCGUUCUGCAGCGUAGAGUAGCUUUUUUUCUGCAAUAUUUCAAACGUCUAGUGUAUCCUCGCUCCUAGCUUGGUAGUUUGGGUUGAGGAGCAAUGGAGACAGUAGCUGCUGCAGCCGUACCACAACCGCGGGUUUCUCCCCAAGUUGUGGGUAACUUGUUUGUCCAGCAGUAUUAUAACAUACUGCAUCUCUCUCCCAACAUUGUCUUCAAGUUUUACCAGGAUUCGAGUAAACUAGGCCGCCCUGAGGAAGAUGGAUCCAUGAGCAUCACUACUACUAUGAAAGCAAUCAAUGACAAGAUACUCUCUCUUCAUUAUGAGGACUUAAGAGCUGAAAUUAAGUCUAUUGAUGCCCAAGAAUCAUUCAAUGGAGGGGUAUCUCUUCUUGUAACUGGAUACCUAACAGACAAGGACAAUGAGAUCCGAAACUUUGCACAAUCUUUCUUUUUGGCACCACAAGAACAAAACGGGUUCUUUGUAUUGAAUGACAUGUUUCGAUAUGUGGAAACUGUGAAUCAACAUGAUCGGAACCAUAUUCCAGUGGUUUUGUCUUCUUCCCCAGAUCCAAUUGCAGCUCCUCCCGAGGAAAAGAAUCAUGUCUUGGAGCAGGAGACACCAUCAAUAGAGGAUUCAAAUGGAGAAGUGGACAUCCCGGAUGAUAAAGGAAAUGUUUCUGUAGUUAAAGAGGAAGUAUCUGUUACUGAGAUUAUUAAUGAAUUACAUGAUGAUUCUCAGGUGGCAGUCAAAUCCAACAGAGUUGAAGAAGUGCCGAAGAAGUCAUAUGCUAAAAUUGUCAUAGAGCUCACAGAAAAAACUGCUACCUUUUCUCCUCCACCAGCAUCUGCCUCCAAGAAGAUGGUAGCAAAAAAUGUAGAGAAAGUGAAUCAAUCUCCAACCCCAGUAGCCAAUGGUCCAGAUGGUUCAGUGUCUUGUGAUGAUUCAAAUAAUCAAGAGGCUGAAGCAUCUGAAGGCUAUUCGAUCUACAUAAAAGGGCUGCCUUUCAAUGCCACACCAUCUUCUCUUGCUGAAGAGUUCAGGAAGUUUGGGAAUAUCAAACAUGGGGGCAUUCAAGUCAGAAAUAAUAAAAUACAAGGAUUUUGUUUUGGAUUUGUGGAAUUUGAGGAGGCAAGUGCUGUUCAAAAAGCAAUUGAGGCCUCUCCCAUUUUAAUUGAUGGAUGCCAAGCUCUCGUUGAGGAGAAGAGGUCUACCAAUUCACGAGGAAACAACAGAAGAUUCUUUCAAGGGAGGGGUAGUGGGUUCAGAACUGAAGGGGGUAGGGGGAGAGGAGGUUAUGUAGGUGGCAGGGGGGGAUACAACCGAGAGUUCAAUGGGAGGAACGAUUAUGGUGGCAACAGGGGAGGCAACCGUGGAGGACCAUCAAACCGUGGCGGCGGCGAUGCAUUGUAUCAGAGGGUUGACAAUGGGGGCCGAACAAAUCGCGCUGCUGGGAGUGGUGGUAUGCCCAACGGGACUGCAAAAACCAUGGCCCCGCAUGACUCGGCUACUGCUUGAACUUUGAGCAACACAAGGGGAGAGCUGAAUCAUGUGGAUUCAUCAUAUUUUUUUUGAAUUGAAAUAAUUCAAAUUAUUGAGUCUUGUUUUGAACAUCUCCAAAAAAAAAGUUGAUCAGGGGCAUGAUGUUUAAUUGAAUGAGGGUUCUAUUUAUUUAUUUUUCUUGUUUCCCAUUUAAUUAAUGGGGUUUAGGACCAUAGCAGAGCUUAGUUAAUGUUGCAGUGUUUCUGUUCUAUGUAGCUCAUAUGUGUAGUGGAGUAUUUAUUUGUCCCCUUCAAGGAAGAAGAUACCAUUUUCCAAUUUUCUGUGGACAUACUUGCACUUGAGAAUCAUUUAUUGUUGUGGGGUUUUGCAUAAAUAUGAAUUUUGGAU